GAGAUAUUGAACAGAUAUAUGAUUUAAUUGAUAAGACAUUUGGUCAUAAUUUUAUUACGAUUAAUGAUCAAUCAGAUUUUAAUUUGAAAAAUAAUCAUGAUUCUUAUACAUUAGUCAUUAAAGAAUUUGUACAAAAAAAAUGGGACAUUAAUUUUUAUCUUACUUUUAAUAAUAGACAUGAUCAGAUUAUUUUUUUCAUUACACAAUAUGAAGUUAAUGAUUGGAGAAAAAAUUUUGGUCCAUUAUAUUACAGAAAUAAUGAAAAAAUAUUCAAAGAGAAAAUUACUUGGAGAAUAGAGCAAUCUAUCUUGUUAAAUCUUAAAAACAUGCAAGAUUCAGAGAUCGAAACUAUUUUAGAACUUAAAUUUAACAAAUUAUUAAAUAAAACUAUUUCUAACUAG